CAAUACUAACCUCUCCAGCUGACAUUUCUCUCAGGCCCAUUCACAAUUUGCAAAUAUUAAAAAAAAGUGCUUCUGCUUAUCGAAUUGGUUAUAAGCCAGUCGUAUUCCAAAUGUAAAAUAAAUCAAAAAUGGUUAAUAAUUCCGAUGACAGUAUAGCAGCAGCCAAAAAACCAACAUUUCAUAUUAUCCGGGAAGUCUACGACAGUGGAAAUGCACACGAAUCGUUCGAGGCGGAACUGGACAAAGGACUCGAGGCCAAAGUCGAUUACAUAAUAAUCGAGCCGACUCGACUCGGAGAUGAGACGAGCCGUUGGAUUACUGUUGGCAAUUGCUUGCACAAGACGGCCGUUGUGUCCGGCCUAGCAUCGAUCAUCUCAGGGGUCCUAUGGCAAGAAAGACCCAUCUUCAGUGCACCACUGUGCGCUGUGUCGGUCUUCUGCACGGGCUUAUACACAGUUUCAUGGAACUAUGAUCCAUGUUGUCAGUACCAGGUGGAGCGCGAUAUUACGAAACUGAAAAGCUUACCCCUGGCAGAUGUGUCCUCACCAGUAGUUUUAGGAUAUUCAGAUAACUCUAAAACCAAAUACUUCCAUCGCGGAGUCACAUUACUAUCGGCAGCAUUUUGUGCAUGGCAGAUUUAUAAGGCCUACAAGUAGUAGUAGCUCAACAACAAAAAAAAAAACAAAAACACAUAUUUUAUUAAAUGAAAGAAAAAAAGAACAAAAACAUUUUUGUCUUCAUAUUUGUCAUUUGUAAGAUAAGAGAAGGAACACGUAUAGAAUAGUUUAAAAGAAUUGUUUUUGUUUUUAUUUAUGAUUUUGUGCAAACCACGAUUUAAUGUUAAUUUCUUAAAAAAACGCAUUGCAAUUAAAAAAAACAAAACUGUUCUUAAAUUCCUACUGCCGAAAAAAAGUUAACUGUGGGAUUAUGGCACAUCUUAGAAGCAAUACAUUUUAAUUAAUUUUCUUAUGUUAAAAGGUGUUGUUUUGUUUUUCUUUUGUUUUGUCGAUGUUUACAUUUAAUAAAAUACAAAAAUAAAAAGAAGAAUGUUUGACAACAUUGAUCGUAAGUCCUCUCUUUGUUCCAUGUUAAUUGUUAAUUAAUCAAAAUUGUAGAUGCUCCAUAAUAAAGUAUUUUUAAAAUUUA